CUCAACUCCGACGUUUCGAUACUCAUAUAAACACAUGAAGAUCGCACAAAAAUGAGUACUGGCGAGCUGCUUAGUUUCCAGCCUCAAGAUCUCCAAUUCCCUUUUGAAUUGCAGGAACGGAUCUCUUGUUCUCUACAGUUGUCUAAUAAGACCGAAAAUUAUGUGGCUUUCAAGGUUAAGACGACGAGUCCCAAGAAGUAUUGUGUUAGGCCUAACACCGGGAUUGUCCUGCCCAGGUCUACAUGUGAUGUUCUAGUUACAAUGCAAGCACAAAAGGAGGCACCUCCUGAUAUGCUAUGCAAGGACAAGUUCUUACUUCAAAGUGUAGUUGCAAGUCCUGGAACAACAACAAAGGAUGUAACUGCCCAGAUGUUCAGUAAGGACGCGGGGCAUCAAGUUGAAGAAUCCAAAUUGAGGGUCAUUUACGUUGCUCCACCUCGACCACCAUCUGUAUCUCCAGUUCCGGAGGGAUCAGAGGAAAGUUCUUCACCUAGGGUUUCACUAUCAGACAAUGGUCUUAAUGCUUCUAAAUUUGCACGAGCAAGGGCUCUCAUUUCAAAGCUGACAGAGGAAAAGAACUCUGCCAUUCAACAAAAUAGUAAGCUUCAACAAGAACUGGAGGUUUGGAGUGGUGAAGCCAGCAGAAAUCGAGGUGGCAUUUCAUUCGUGUAUGUUGUUCUUGUUGGCUUGAUCGGUAUCAUUUUGUUAUAUCUUGUGAGGAGGAUGUGACCAGGGGAGUCACCCUUGUAUCCUUUUUGCCAUUCCUUAGAUGGAAACACGACGUACAGAGAGUUCAAAGCCAAAUGCUUGACUGAUAUCUAUGGCUUUUUCUUCUAUAUAGUAUUUACUGGUAUCUUAGCAUGUCAAGCUUAACUCUCGCGAGGAAACAUUUUUUCUUUGUAUUGCGCAAUUUACAGUCUGAUGGAGGUAAGCAACUGAGAAUCUCAGGUUUAUGGAUUCUAUAAUUUCAGGGUAUAUAUGAGAUUAAUGACGUUGCCAAUUUAAACCA